GACAUGAAGACAGACCUGUACCUGGACAUGGAUCACCUGUUGCUGCUGUUGCUGCUGAGCUCAGGACUCCAGGCUGAAGGAAGUCUCAACCAAACAGAUUUUGUCCGGCUGGUGGAUGGGAACAGUCUGUGCUCAGGCAGACUAGAGGUGAAGUCUGACCAGUCUAACCAGAGCUGGUCCUCAGUGUGUGAAGAUGACUUCGACCAGCAGGAUGCAGAGGUGGUGUGCAGGGAGCUUGGCUGUGGGGCUCCUUCAGUCCUCCAGGGGGCGCUCUAUGGAGAAGGGGAGGCUCCAAUGUGGACUAAAGAGUUCCAGUGUGGAGGAAAUGAGUCUGCUCUCCUGGACUGUAGAAGCUCAGGCUCAGAUAGAAACACCUGCUCACCUGGCAGAGCUGUUGGACUCACCUGCUCAGAGCCUGUCAGGUUGGUGGGAGGAGACAGUCGCUGUGCAGGAACACUGGAGCUGAAACAUGAAGGAGAAUGGAGACCAGUGGGUGAAUCUGUUGAUGAAUGGACCCUGGAGGAAGCAGAUUUUGCCUGCAGAGAGCUGGACUGUGGUUCUGCUGUUUCUGUAAGAAGACAGGAGUCCUCAGACAGAUCUGUGUGGAGUAUCAGCUAUGACUGUGUUCAGUCUGGAUCUCUGAGAGAGUGUGCAGCAUCAGAUAACUCUUCCCACUGGCUAAAUCUCACCUGCUCAGACUUUGUCCGGCUGGUGGAUGGGAACAGUCUGUGCUCAGGCAGACUGGAGGUGAAGUCUGACCAGUCUAACCAGCGCUGGUCCUCAGUGUGUGAAGAUGACUUCGACCAGCAGGAUGCAGAGGUGGUGUGCAGGGAGCUUGGCUGUGGGGCUCCUUCAGUCCUCCAGGGGGCGCUCUAUGGAGAAGGGGAGGCUCCAAUGUGGACCAAAGAGUUCCAGUGUGGAGGAGAUGAGUCUGCUCUCCUUGACUGUAGAAGCUCAGGCUCAGAUAGAAACACCUGCUCACCUGGCAGAGCUGUUGGACUCACCUGCUCAGAGCCUGAGAGUUUCAGGUUGAUGGGAGGAGACAGUCGCUGUGCAGGAACACUGGAGCUGAAACAUGAAGGAGAAUGGAGACCAGUGUUUGAUGAUUACCCUUUCUGGAUCCUGGAGGAAGCAGAUAUUGCCUGCAGAGAGCUGUACUGUGGUUCUGCAGUUUCUAUGAGAAGAGAGGAGUCCUCACACAGAUCUGUGUGGAGUAUCAGCUAUGACUGUGUUCAGUAUGGAUCUCUGAGAGGGUGUGCAGCAUCAUCAUAUUCCUCUACCAUCUUGCUAAGUAUCAUCUGCUCAGGCCUGCUGCUUCAGCCCAAGAUCUCUGCAUCCUCCUCCAUGGAUGGGGUCUCCGAGGCCAAGCAGCAGGGGCUUCUUGUGUUCAGGGGCUCUGACUUCACAGUCAGCUGCUCGAUCCAGCCACAGUACCCAGGAGGCUCCUUCGAGCUCCGCUUCACCUCCUCCACCUCAGCACACACCUACACCCAGCCAGCUGUCAAUCACUCUGCCCACUUCCUGUUUCCUGCUGCAGAGCCCGCCCACCAAGGAAGCUACAGCUGUGUUUAUCACGUCCAUGUUUUCUCUCAUGACUUCUCCUCUGAGAGCCGUCAGCUCUCUCUCAUUGUUGUAGAUCCAAGAUCAGACCAGAUUAUCAACAAUCCAUCCAAGAUUAUCAUCACUGUGGUCGUCCUGAUCCUGUUGGUCAGCACUGCCUCUUACUUCUAUUUUAAGCAGAAAGAUGUUACAGUGCCACCUACUGUUGGAUCUGUAGAUCUGCAGCACGUCCAGAGCUGGUGAAGCACAUCUGGAGCCACGGCCACCGUCUGUUGGUGUUUGUCCUCAAAAUAACUUGAACGACAUCAUGAAGCUAACAGACAAAGUGAAGCUUUAAACAUCAAGGGCUGUUUUCACAGCAACUUCAUCUCAUCAGUGAGAUAUUAACAUAUUGAUUUAACUUUAUGUGUCAUUUAUUGUUGUGAGUAAGAGCUCGACAGCAGGAGUGCAUUUAGCUCAAAAAGAACCAUAAUGAUACAAAAAAAGGGCCAAAAACAACAGAGGUCAUUUUAUCUGAAUUGCAUUUAGGUUGUACUUAUUUUCUUAUCAUAAAGGAUUUGACUGAUUUUAUGAGUUGAUGUUUUUGUACUAUUAAUAAUUUUUGUAAUUAAGGAAUAUAAUAAUUUGAUACGAAUUAUAUGUAUUUCAGAUUUUUUUAUUUCAAAAGAAUUUCACAAAAUUUUGUACUUGAUGGUUUUAUAACAACAACAAUAAAAACAAUAAGGAUUGUG